AUGAUUUUUGAUCUAGCACGUUCCCGCGGUUUCCCUCCACAGUUGAACAUUGCCCUCGCCAGGAUUAAUAAUCUUUCCCAUUCUCUUUGGGGUUGCUUUGCCUUUGCUCCCAUAAAUUCUUUCCGUCCGCCCCGUGUUGCUUCCCGACCAAGUCUGCAGCUUCCUCUCCUCGCCAGCAAGAUCGCGGAUUCCAUUCCGUCCAGAUUUCCUUCUCGAUCGCACUCACAGCCUAGCCUAAUAGCCGAUCACACAAACCCGGCCCUCCGUAGCCCGAGACCCCAAGUCACGCACAAAUUUUCUUCAUCUUCUCGCGCAAUGGCGGAGCCUGCUCCUGCUCCGGCGCAGCCAAGAACCGCCGGUGACGAUGUUAUUUCUGCCAGGUUGCAGCGGGCUCUGGAGCUCUUGUUCCCGUCUAACCUCGCCGGGAAGGCGGUGCUGUUCGCCGUCGUGGUGGCGCUGCUGCGGAUGCUGCCCACGAGCCAGACCCCCGGGAUCUGGGACCUGCCGCACAUCCUCCUGCUCGGCCUCGUCAUCUCCUACGGCGUCUUCGGCCAGAGGAACGCCGACGCCGAUGUGGUGCCCCCGGUGGCCCCUUCUUCCAGGAUCGUCGACGACGACGAGUCCGUGGAGGCCUUCGUCUCCCAGAUACUGCAAGGGCCGCUGGUCUUCGAGGGGAACAGCGGCGACGGAGGCAGCAGCGGCGCCAAGGACGGCAGCGUGCAGGCGUGGAGCUCGCAGUACUACCCCGACGAUGCCCUCGUAGUAGUCGCCGACACGGGCGACGCUGGCGAGAAGCCGAUUCUCCUGCCGGUGAGGAAGCUCAAGCCAUUGGCCGAAGAAUCUGCACCGGGCAAUGUAAGUGAUGACGCUACCGAUGAAGAAGCAGAGUUCCUCCCCAAGGAAGAAAUAGGAUACGGCGGCGCGCGCGAACACGCCAUAUCUUCGCCGUCCUCCGUCCUCGACGCCGGCAAGACCCUCUCGCCGUCCUCGCCUCCUCCCCCGCCGCCUCCGCCGCAGUUUCGUGGCGGCGCGCGUGGCCUCGGGAAGGCCAGAGCAAGAAGCUUCAACGAAUAUGGGGUUGCAGACAUGAGCAUGAGCGCACGGACGGGUUUACGAAGCAGGUUCAGGUCAAACUCUUCGAUCCAAGCAACGAGGAGGAGCACUUUCACCGGCUACGAUCCUGUUGCCCCGUCCGACGAUCAAGCGGACGCAGAUGAUGAGGUUGACGACAUGGCCGCGGCCUCGGACAGCUCGUUCAGCAGCGACGACAUGGCCAGGGACGGCGACGAUGAACACGACGAGGAGGAAGACAACUACGAAGAAGACGGAGACGAGGAGACGCGGGAAGGUGACAACUCUUGCGACGAAGGGCUUUUUGAGCUGGCGACGAGGCCCGAGGCGGAGGAGGACGAGGUGGACAAGAAGGCUGACGAGUUCAUAGCCAAGUUCAGGGAGCAGAUUAGGAUGCAGCGAGCUCAGCCGGGGCCGGGCAGAAGAUGA